CCGCUUUCUGGUUUUUAUAACGACCUGUUGAUGUAAUGAGAAGUCUGGCAUACAGGACUUUUCUAGACAAUUUUUCACACAAAAUUGUUUUUAAAACUCUUAACCUAAUAACUUCACAACCUACGAGGUCAUUUCAGUCCAACCGUGUUCAAGGUUCUCACUUGUAACAAAGAAGCUAGCAUGCUAGCAUGGCAACCAGAACCGGAAGUUACCUAAAGCCCGUCUACGUUGUCAUCAGCGGUUUAAAAACAGGUUUUUGUUUAUUUUUCAUGAAACAAUUCUCAAUGCAUAUAAAAAAAGUGCGAUAAAUGAACAUUUAUGGUUACUUCUAUCUUUAUUGAGGAUGUGAUUCUUAAUGUGGCAGCUAAGACACCACAGCAUCAUCUUCCUGUUUUGUCAUCACAUUUCUUGAAUUUCUCCUUCGUCAUCAAAGUUUCGGCACUUGAAGCUUUCUGUGAUUCCAUUUGGAGUUUUUGAGGUGAGAAACACUGUUGAUUUACUUGUAUUACAAAUACUUGUAUUACGAGGCAGUGAAAUAGUGAUCAUUUUAUUGUAUAUGCAACUACUGCCGCCUUGUGGAGUUAAUGAAAACUACAUCAAGAGGUUGCCUAUAACCACAUAAUGACAUUCAUAUUAAUGAUUCUGAGGGUUUCACAUUUUCCGUUAAGAGGCGGAUUCAGUCGACAAAGGCCCAGGUACGGAAUAGAAGAAGUACUGGCAACACCCAAGUCAUUUAGGUAGUUAAACAACGCUGUGGGCAGCUUUUUCUCGAAGCAAACAUCACAUAGCCUGUUUUUAUUUACAUAUAAGAACAAGCUCUACCAGUUGGUCAAGGCUUAUUAGCCAAAGACUGUCCAGUCUGUACAGUCAAAGCAGCCUAGUAUUGUUCAUCUCAAUCCUCAUCUACACCCGAAAAGACUUGACUGUCCUUCCCAACUACACCUCUGUCAGUAAUGUGAGAUAAAGACUUUUUAAUGGGGACGUACAAUACUCAUUUUUAUCCCUUUGUAUUGAAUUGUGGACUCCUAUAGAGCAGCUACACACAAUAACCCACACAGAUUAGACAUAUUUGUCAGAAAGAUUGGUCACACGCUCAAAGUGACAUCACAAAGAGGCAGUUUUACCACACAUUUUGAAACCGAGCGUUUUGAGUCAUCCCAAACGUCUUUUUAGGGCUCACUUUUAAAUGCGUAAACAUCAUUAUAUGAAACUUUGGCAUCGUUUGACACGAGAAUACAACAUUCUAACUACAUUUGUAGGUCAAAAAAGUGGAAAAAUUGGUCCCCUUUAACCUCGAGAGUCAUCCAUUAAGUCUUAUGGUGGGACUUGAAUACCGAAGACUCAAAGGAGUUGCAACAUUAACACUGUAAAAGUGAAAAAAAAAACUUACAACAUAUUGAAAAUCCAAAAUAAACAAAGACAAGUAAUAAGUCUAAUAUUGCCUGUCAUAAGCAGAAAUUAUGCUGAUGUAGAAGGAAGUGUUAACCACCAGAUAUUGUCAUGUGACCAAUCACAGCGGAGUGGGCGUACGUAUCUAGAGGAGAGCUGGCGGUGGAGUAAAUUAAACACACCAUUUGGGUCAGAAGCAGGAAGUGCAUGUAAACACUACACAAAAAAAAGAAGUUCUAGAAAGCUUUCUGUGCGGGUUAUUGCGUGUAGCUGCUCUCUAGGAGUCCACAAAAUGUUCAUUCGGCUCAUUCAUUGUCAUUCUUUUACAGUGUGUGUAUGUAUCCAGUUGUGUGGAGUGUGUCAGGAUGCCAUUGCUGGACUCUGUUAGUGUAAACCGGUAAGGCAAGUAAGUCAACAGUAUUCAUAUAGCACCUUUUACAGAUCAAAAAACACACAAAAUGAUUCAAAAUCAAAUAAAAAACACAGUUUUUACACAGUUAAGAUAGCCCAAAAUAAAAAAAAACAACUGUCACAUCAGAAUCACAAUCAGAAUAGGAAUAAAAAUGAUUUAAAUUGGGUUUUAAACACAUCAACAUCAACAGUAAACCGGAGGGCUUUAGGACCCAGACGUCGAUUUAAAUCAUGAGCAGUGAUGCUCUUCAUUCACCUUAUGGCGGCUGCCAACCAGGAAGUGGAGAGGGACAGACGCUGGAAAGCCAAACAUGUACUUGGGACCUAAUGCUGACUGGUCCAAGGCUGGAAGAGGCGGUAUACUUCCCUCACUUCUCUAACAACAUCACCACCACCCCCAUCAUCUGAUCACGCGCACUUCCUCCCUAAGAAUGAGAUGCCCCCCCCCCCCCCAAAAAAUAAACCUUCAGCAAGUCACCAAUAGUGGAUAAAGCCACAUGAGACGCAGGGGGAGGGGACAAGGGUGUGUGCUGUGUGUGAGCGGCCCAUCUCCGUCAAACACUGGAGCCUGACCAUCGGGUGUGGAAGGACAGCAGGACUCUGACAGGAAGUUUUUUGUCGUUUUGACAUUUCCCAAACCGAUAAGGCCUACAAAUGGCUGAAACUGACAAGUUUCAAAAUGAUGCAACCGAUUGUCAAGAAGACGUUUGCUUAAGUGAUCUCAAAAAUGAGGCCGACGAAGGUAAAAAGAAGAAAGAAAAAACAGCAACAGUACCCAAAGUUGGCCCCAUUAAAGUGUUCAGGUUUGCAGACAGCAAAGACGUAGUCCUCAUGGUCUUUGGGACCUUGAUGUCGGUGGCGCAUGGAUCCAUAAUGCCUUUAACGUGUGUCGUGUUUGGGGACAUGACGGACGGCUUCACGCAUCACUCGCUGCAUCAAAUCAACGCCAGUGACGCCAAUUCCACCUUCAUGAUUCUUAACGACACCUUUCAGAAGGACAUGACCACCUUUGCCAUCUAUUACUCCAUUUUGGGCGCUUUGGUGUUAGCGGCCGCCUACAUGCAAGUGGCUUUCUUUACGCUGUCGGCCGGACGGCAAGUCCUCCGCAUACGCAAGCGAUUCUUCCACAGCGUGAUGCGACAGGAUAUUGGCUGGUUCGACGUGAACGACACGGCAGAGCUCAACACUCGUCUCACAGAGGAUGUGUAUAAGAUCCAAGAAGGUAUCGGAGACAAAGUGGGAAUGUUGCUCCAGUCCAUUUCCACCUUCGUGGUCUCCUUAGUGGUUGGGUUAUGUAAAGGAUGGAAGCUCACUCUGGUCCUCCUGGCCGUCUGCCCCUUUUUGGGUCUCACAGCUGCACUUUUCAGUAAGGUGGUGACAUCAUUCACCUCUAAAGAGCAGGCUGCUUAUGCUAAAGCGGGGGCAGUCGCAGAGGAGGUGCUUUCAUCCAUCAGGACUGUGUUUGCCUUCAGCGGUCAGAAGAAAGAGAUCGAGAGGUAUCAUAAGCACUUGGAGGACGCUAAGAAAAUGGGAAUAAAGGCGGUGUUAAGUUCAAAUGUUAUCAUGGGGUUCACCUUCCUGAUUAUAUACCUGUCUUAUGCUCUAGCCUUCUGGUACGGGAGUACGCUCAUUCUGAGUAACGAGUACACUGUUGGAACCGUACUCGCAGUUUUAUUUGCUUUGCUGGUUGGAGCGUUUGCAUUGGGGCAGACCUCACCCAACAUCCAGUCCUUUGCCCGUGCUCAAGGAGCGGCAUAUACGGUGUACAGCAUCAUUGACAAUAAACCGGGCAUCGACAGCUAUUCGGAGAGAGGCUUCAAGCCUGACUUCAUCAAUGGAAAUAUUGAGUUCAUGAAUAUUCAUUUUAAAUACCCCUCAAGGCCAGAAGUUAAAGUAUUAAACAACAUGUCCCUGAGCGUGAAGAGUGGACAGACCAUUGCUUUAGUAGGAAGCAGUGGCUGUGGAAAAAGCACCACCAUCCAGCUGUUGCAGAGGUUCUAUGACAUUCAGGAGGGAUCCAUAUUUAUCGAUGAACACGACAUCCGUUCUCUCAAUGUCCGCCACCUGCGAGAGAUGAUCGGAGUGGUGAGUCAAGAGCCCAUCCUUUUUGCCACCACCAUCGCAGAGAACAUCCGAUACGGCCGACUUGACGUGACGCAGCAGGAGAUAGAGCAAGCUGCCAAGGAGGCCAACGCCUACGACUUCAUCAUCAACCUUCCUGAUAAAUUUGAGACGCUGGUCGGGGAACGAGGGAUUCAGAUGAGUGGAGGACAGAAGCAAAGGAUUGCAAUUGCCCGGGCGCUAGUCCGGAACCCCAAAAUCCUUCUGCUGGAUGAAGCAACAUCUGCUCUGGAUGCUGAGAGUGAGACUAUUGUACAGGCGGCACUGGACAAGGCCAGACUGGGUCGGACCACCAUCAUCGUGGCCCAUCGCCUAUCAACUAUCCGAAACGCUGACAUCAUCGCCGGCAUACGGAACGGCGAGGUGGUAGAGUUGGGGACUCAUAGUCAGCUGAUGGAAAAAAAGGGCGUGUACCACACUCUGGUCACUAUGCAGACCUUUCAUAAAGCAGAGGAGCAGGAAGAGUCUCAUGAAAAGACCCCACUGUCCAUAACCAUCUCUGAAUCUUCCCGACCAAGAAGAAAGUCUUCCUUUUCUGCGUCGGAGGGAAAUAAAGAAGAGAAGGAGACGUUGGUGGAUGCUACAGCCAAGAGAGUGGACGAUGACAAAGUCCCGCCUGUGUCCUUCCUGGAAGUGAUGCGCUUCAACCUCCCGGAAUGGCCUUACAUUUUAUUCGGGGUCGUCUGUGCUGUACUCAACGGAGUCAUGCAGCCCAUGUUUGACGUCAUCCUCGCCAAGUUCAUCGUUGUGUUUUUGGGUCCUGAUCAAGAGGAGAUCAGAAAGCGGUCUCUAUUCCUUUCCCUCAUGUUUGUUGUUAUUGGAGUUGCAUCUUUUUUCGCCACAUUUCUACAGGGUUUCUGUUUUGGUAAAUCAGGAGAGAUUCUGACCAUGAAACUGAGACUGGCGUCUUUUAAGGCCAUGAUGAGGCAGGAUCUCGGCUGGUUCGAUAACCCCAAAAACAGUGUUGGCGCUCUCUCAACAAGGCUCGCCUCAGAUGCUGCUCAAGUCCAAGGGGUUACGGGACUACGUUUGGCCGCAGUGGUUCAAAGUGUUGGUAAUUUGGGCACCUGCCUGAUUCUUGCCUUUGCGUACGGCUGGGAGCUAACGCUACUCGCGCUAGUGAUAGUGCCCAUUAUGAUCGUGGCCGGAACCGUGCAGAUGGAGUUGAUAGCUGGGCACGCCGAAGAGGACAAGAAGGAGUUGGAGAUAGCAGGAAAGAUUUUCACAGAAGCCACCGACAAUAUCCGCACCGUAGCAUCUCUGACCAGAGAGCCGUUGUUUGAGUCUCUGUACCAAACGAGUCUCCAAGUUCCAUUCAAGAACUCCCAGAAAAAAGCACAUGUGCAGGGUGUCGUCUUCUGCGUAUCCCAAGCAAUGCUGUGCUUUGCUUAUGCAGGAUGUUUCCGCUUCGGAGCUUGGCUUGUUGACCAAGGGCGAAUGGAUGUGGAGGCCGUGUUUUUAAUAGUUAUGGUGCUUAUAUAUGGCGCCAUGGCCGUCGGAGAGGUCAAUUCCUUCACGCCAAACUACGCCAAGGCCAAAGUAUCAGCUGCUCACAUCGUGAUGCUUCUGAAAAGAGAGCCUGCUAUCGAUAAUCUCUCCGAGGAAGGACAGCCACUGGACCAAUUUGAUGGUAAUGUGCAAUUUGAGGGUGUCAAGUUUAGCUACCCGUCACGCCCCAGUGUACCCGUCCUCCGAGGGCUGAAUCUGAAGGUGUGCAAGGGAGAGACGUUGGCCCUGGUAGGAAGCAGUGGCUGUGGUAAAAGCACAACCAUACAACUUCUGGAGAGGUUCUACGACACCAUGCAUGGGACCGUGACGUUGGAUUCCAAGAGCGUGAAAGAGCUGAACGUCCACUCGAUGAGAUCCCAUAUAGGUAUUGUGUCCCAGGAGCCUGUGCUGUUUGACUGUAGCUUGGCUGAAAACAUCGCCUACGGGGACAACAGUCGCACUGUAACCAUGGAGGAGAUCAAGGCGGCUGCUGAGGCCGCCAACAUUCAUAGCUUCAUUGAAAACCUGCCAAAGAAGUAUGACACCCAGGCGGGCGAAAAGGGCACCCAGCUGUCAGGUGGUCAGAAACAACGAAUAGCCAUCGCCCGAGCCAUCCUCCGUAACCCCAAACUGUUGCUUCUGGAUGAGGCCACGUCUGCACUCGACACCGAGAGCGAGAAGGUGGUGCAAGAGGCGUUGGACAAAGCGAGGCAGGGCAGGACGUGUAUCGUCAUCGCCCACCGUCUGUCCACCAUCCAAAACGCAGACCGCAUCGCCGUCUUUCAUGGCGGCGUGGUGGCAGAAGAAGGCACACAUCAACAGCUGUUAGCCAAAAAGGGAAUCUAUCACAUGCUGGUCACGACCCAGAUGGGUCAUGGAAGGGAAUGACAGUGAUAAUUUUUGUUAUUCUUAAAUAGUAGUUGACGCUUUGAAUGUACUUGAGUGCUUUUUGUCGACUUGCUCAUGUCAUUGAAGGCAUCACACAAGUUGCCUUUUAGGUCAAAUCCCUUGUUUAGCCUGUUUUUUGUCUUUUAGGUCAUGGGUCAUGGAGUAAUGGUUUUGACGGUUGUUUAAAUUAUGUCCACGCGCAGCUAAUAUUUACUUUUUACAGCGUUUGUUUAUAUAUUAUAUGCAAGAUUAGUGACUACCUGGUUUGUGUUUUUUAAAUCAAUGGUCAGGGAUUAUCUGCUACCUACUUUUUUAAUGUUUGAAAUGAUAUUUAUGCACAGCUAAUAUUUAAUUUUUACAGUGUUUAUAUAUGAUAUUAUAAACUAAAGGUAUAUAGUAACUAAUAACUAGUAACUAAUUAUAAAAUGCUGUUCUGUUCAAUUCAAUUCUGUCUUUCGGUAGAUUUUUAAAUGCUUGUGCAGGGCCGGCUCUAGGCUUUUUGUGUCCCUGAACAAGAUUUUGUUGGUGGUUGUUAUGGUUUGCCGUGUUUUUGCACUUUUGAAAGUCUUUUAAGAGACGAUUCAUUGGAGGAAUGUGAACAUAGGAUAAAGUUAGAAAUGCCUCUGCAAACAUUAGAGUGUAAUUGGUUAUGAUAUGGAUACAAUACAUAGAAUAGGAUUUGAUAAAUAUCUUAUACUCAUGUCAAACUACUAGUCCGUAGUCCGUACCUGUCAACAUUUGCAUUUGGAAAUACAAUAAUGGAAAUUUCCCAUAAAUUAUGACAAGUUCCUUCCACCAAUGUAAUGUUUUGAUCAGAUGACAAUAAAGGCAUUAUCCAAUGAA